AUGAUGAUGAAUCAAAAAUCGAUAAUCUGGUCAUUGUAUUACGAAUUUGUAUAUUUGAAACAAACUAAACAAAAUUUCAUUCAAUUAUCGUUGGAAAUAAUUCGAAACAAACAUCAAAACAAACAUCAUUUGUUGAAUAUUGUAUUGUUUUCACUGUUAAAUUGUAUUUGUAAUCAUCAAACUGGCCAGAAAAUUUUAUUCGAACAUUUUAUUUUAUCGAAAAAAAAUGAUUUUGAUUUUAUUGAAAUGUUAUUCGAUCAUGAUUGUCAAACAAGUUUUAUACAAAAAGAAAUCAAUCUAUUGUUGGUCAAAAUAAUUACAUUAUCAUUUGAUCGCUUGGAAUUGCAACAAAUUUUUCAAACAAAAUUUCAAAAUUUAAAUUCGGAUUUACCAAAAAUUUUAUACGAAAUAAUCAAUUUGCAAUCAUCGAAACCGAAUGAAUUUUUCCAUCGUUAUGAUAUAUUUUCAUUACUUGAAAAUUUCCUUACGAAAUCAAAUAAUCGAUUGGAUAAUCAACAUUUAAAACAUUUAAUCAAAUUGAUUGAAUUGAUUUUAUCGUUUGGUAUCGAUCAAAAUAAAUCGGUAGAAAAUUUAAUCGAAUUAAUACGGGAAAAAUUAUUGAAACAACAGGAUUGUUUUGUUUAUUCAACAUUUUUAAUUUCAUUAUCAAAUUUCGAUCCAAAAUUCAUCCGUAUCGAAAAUAUCGAUUUAUAUCGUACAAAAUCUAUUCAUUUUCUUCACCGUUAUCUAACUGAAUUGUUGAAUAAAGAAGAUCGACCUAAAAAUGGAUCAUCAAUAGUGAACAAUAUUUUAUCGAAUGAAGAACAAAUUUUGCUGGAAAAUAUUUCCACAAAAAAAUCAUUACAAAACGAAUGUUUUCAACAAUUAACCCUUUUAAAACCUGUUGCGUUAAAUGAAUGCAAUCAAUUAGUGCCAUUAAUCGAAAUGAUUAUUAUUCAAAACAAUAUACCAAACAGUAGUAAAAAACAUCUAAAUCUUUUGUUAUCAUUUUUUGAAAAAUUAAUUUUUCAAAAAAAUCUCAUCAUCGCUGAUAAUGAUGCGCGCAUUGCGCAAAUCGAACAAAUUUAUUUGAAAAUUUAUUCAAAUUAUUCGAUGGCCAGAAAAUCGAUUCUACAAUCAAUCAAAGAUAUUUAUCGUAAACAAAAAAUUUAUAAAUUUUCAAAAUUUUUUCCCAUUUUAUUGAAUCAUUUGAAUGCCAUCGAUCAAGAUCAAGAUGAUGAUGAUAUUGUUGAUAUCAUCAUUGAAUUAAUUUACGAAAUAAUUUUUGAAGAUAAACAAAAUUCCGAAUUUGCCGGAUAUCUUAAUGGAUUUUUAUUUCAAGAAUAUUCAAUGUUGAUAAAUGAAACAAACAAUUUACAAUCAAAUUGUCGUUCAAUGUGUUUAUCAACACUUUUUAUGGCAAAUUAUUGUUUUCCCUCAAUUUUCAAUAUGGAUUUUCUUGGUGGUGAUAAAUUUUUUGAAAAAAUAUUUCAACAAUUUGAACAAUUUGAUCUAGAAUUUCGACAACAAUUUUUUGAAAAUUUA